AUGAGCGCCACCGCCCGGCGCGGCUGGCGCGUUCCCGUGGUGGCGUUCAUCACCGGCGUUUUCAUCGCUACCGCGGUGUUGACGCGCGAUUACACCGUCGGCGACGACGUGCUCGCCGCGCUCGUCGCCGGUGAAAUCUCGUCGAUUAAUGCUCAGGCGAGCGAUUUCUCCUCUUUGCCGACGCCUCGCGCGCGAGCGAGCGAUCCAGACGUCGACAACGCGCGUUGCUUUGAGCUGUGCGCGAUCUUGCGCGCGGGUGUGGACGCGCGAACGAGGAUUGGGGCGCUGGAGCUGCGGUCCUCGGCGCGAGCGGCGCUCGCGGCGACGAAACUGAGCCUGGCUCUUUGGGCGCGCGUGUUCUCGCCGGCGACGAACGCGAUAACGGAAGGCGUCGUGCGAGGAACGCGCGCGGGGGGUCGGAGACUCGCGGUGAUCGUGCGGGAGACAGAACCGAGGGUUCUGGCGCAGUGGGUGCUCGCGUGCGUCGGCGCGGCGUACGUGUAUCACUUGUGCUGGCGGUUCGUCAAGCACUUGAAACGGGCGCGAUAUAGGAACAAGCUUAGGUUUUUCAUCAUUAGGAUGAGAUUGCGCGCGUCGCGGCGGGUGCGAACGGCGUUGGAGCCGUACGCAAGGGUUUAUAGGCGAGUCGCGAGCGCCGGGACGGCGGUGAAGCGACGAUAUUCGCUCGUCGUGCGAGGAAUACGUAGUAAAAGUCGAUUGGCAGCGAACGCGUUGCCGCAUGCGUUGUUUUUAGUCGUCGGGAUGGGUGUGUUUCGCGUCAUGCCGCGAUAUGCGAGGAAUAUGGUGCGGAAAAGAGAGAUUUUGGCGACCAUCUCGCUCCUCGUGCCGAUGUUUCGAACCAUGCUCGCCGUGGAGAGCGAAGACAUGGCUCUUGUCGAAAAAUGGUUGCGUUUCUGGGCAUCGUGCGCGCCGUUCAUGAUAGCCGUUGAUUUUCCGUUCAUAUUCUACGGUGUUAGGUGGUUCUUUCCGUGGUGGCCCGAAGUUUUAGUGCUGUUUACGAUGUGGUUGAACUCGCGCCUCACGCGCGGUAGUCAAAUCAUUUUGGAAUUUUCCACACCGCUCGUUUCUCGGGCGAUGGCGUACUUGAACGAGUCCAGUGGUACGACGGGUAAGAUUUCCAUACUUCUUCGUCGUUCGGUUCGACAAGCACUGCAGAUUAGUGUCAUCGUCAUUCGCUUCCGUUCCCGACGAGCCUCAGAGGCGCUCCGCCUCGUUCUCGACAAUAUGAGCAUUCCGUUGGUGAUGUGUACGGUGUUUUUCUUCACACCAGGGCUGAUGACGAUAUACGGUUGCGACAUGGCCGGAUUGGUCGUUCCGUUCGCGUUCACGGUGGACGGAUUACUCAAGUAUGCGCAAUUGAAGGCGCAACCGCAACAGCCCAGUCGCGCGCAAGCUCGCAAGGACUUAGAAAAGCUCCAUGAAGAUAAGCUUCGAAACUGGUUGACUUACUGGCUCGCACAUGCGAUGAUUUGGUCGCUGUCGCAAGAGCUUUCAAAAAGCGCACUCGGGUGGUUUCCGCUCUGGCGGCACACGCAACUGGCGGGAAUUUACUGGCUUCAAGUAUUCGGCGGCUCGCAACUCAUCACGGCGCGCAUGCAGGGUAUCAAACAAUCCAUCCUAGAGGAUCAUCAGAAAGCGUUAAAAGCAGCGAUUUCAGCCGACUUGGACGCGUCCGAAGUCGAGGAACUGGCAAAGUUGAAAAAGACGUUGGACGCCUCGCAGCCUAGCGUGGAAACGACGCUCGACGAAACCUCAAUUGACGACAAGAAGGAUGAUUCAAAACCCACCGAUACCGAUGGCGACGUCGACGCGGAAACGAUCACAAAAUUAGACGUAGGAAUCACCGCCGAGACCGUGCGCAAGCGCACGCCGACGGACGCGAACGGCUCGAACUGA